UAGCGGGCAACACAGCUUAGUGUACACAUCGGGUGCGGUUCAGUAAGGAUUAGACGUUUACGCACAGUUUGCGAACAAUAACCGGAAAAUGGGCGAGUGGCAAAACGGAUUGUUUGGAUGCUUUUCUAAUUGUGGCGUUUGCAUCAUAACAUAUUUUGUCCCGUGUUUGACUGCUGGACAAACUGCUGAGAAAGUAGGGGAGUCGUGUUGCCUGUACGGAUUUCUCUCAAUACUGGGACCCAUCGGAAUCUGGUCACGUGCAAAAAUUAGGGGCAAAGUGAGGGAAACGAAGGGUAUCGAUGGUUCCUUUGGUGGCGACUGCCUGAUGGCCUGGUUCUGUGGUCUAUGUGCGCUCGUCCAGGAGGCAAAUGAACUCGGUGGGCAUCAAGGGAUGUCCAUGGUGCGAGAAUAGGAACCGGGAACCAUCGGCAUCAUCUUAUGACGUCAUGCUUUCAUCCCUGCCAACGUCAACAUUGAAACGGAACAGCAACGAAAAUGAAUUGGACAACUUUUCUAUUGAUUAUAGUUACUCUUUGUUUACCGCAUAAUAUACAGUCGUAUUUCUUGUGAAGAUACACUAAUAAUGGUUUUUUUGUUUCAAUAUCAGAACGCAAUUUAUGUUUUGCCAAUCUGUUAAACAAUCUUUGUUAUCAUUCAUUUUUUAUUUAUUUACAAGUAUUUCAAAUUUCUCAAAAUAAACUGUGAUCUACGCAAAUUAAUUAUUAUUUUUUGCUACUUGAUGUACGUGCGAAAUAUUUUAUUAUGUCCGAAUGUACAUUAUGUUAAGUGUAGUAUAGCAUUUAGAAAACGUGUUUCUUCUUUUUUUACGCCUUUUGUAUUUCAAUAAAAUUAUAUAAUUGUG